AUGUCCAAUAAAAGAAACGUAAAACGAUGCAGUAGAAAAAAAACAUCGACGCGGACACCUCCAAAUAAACGAAUAGAAAUAUCAUCUCUACGAUCGAAAAACAUAUCAACAGCACAAACUACAGCAUCAAAUCUAACUACAUCUUCAAUUCGUUCGUCUUUACCAUCACAACAAAAGAUAACAAAAAAAACGAAGUUGGAUAUACCAUCUACAUCAUCAAAAUCAGAUUCAAAUGUACCAUUGGAUGGAUAUUCAAUAAUACAAAAUCAAAUGUUAUUUGCUUUUGUUUGUAAGACCAAUUGUGAAGUUUGUGGAAGUCGUUGGAAUGGAAAGAUGAACAUCAACAAGCGCGAAGGUUUAUUCCUGAUAUUAUCUUUUCAAUGUUCUACAUGUCAAAACAUCAUCACCAUUGAAACAAGUCCGAAGGUUGUUGCAUCAGAUCGCCGAGACAUCAACGUAAGAUCACAAAUAGGUGGUCAUUUGUGUGGCAUCAGACAUGCUGGAUUAGUGAAAUUAAUGGGAGCUAUGAAUUUACCAAGCCCUAUUCAAGAUGAAACAUAUUCCAAAUGGGAUAGAAAUUUACUAAUUAUGGUAAAAUCAUUCACCGAAAAAUCAAUGAAGAAAGCAGUAGCGGAAACUGUAGCUGCUCAAAAUGGUACAGAAUUAAUGGUUAGUGGAGAUGGAUUCUGGCAGACUCGAGGUUUCCAAAGCAGACAUGGUGCAGCUGCUCUUAUAUCUUGCAACACAACACCAAAAGUACUGGAUAUAGAAAUAUGCAGUGCACUUUCUAUUAAAAAAUCCAAUCCAGCUAAAUAUGAUAAUAUUAUUAGAUCGCAUCAAUGUGAAAAAAAUUAUGACAAAAGUUCCGGUACAAUGGAAUCUGCUGCUAUUCUUAUUAUGUUCAAACGAUCAGUUCCAAAAUAUGGAGUUUACUACACUAAGUACGUUGGUGAUGGUGAUUCAAAAACCUUUCCAGUACUUUCAAAAAUCGUACCUUAUCCAGGAAAAGAAAUAAAAAAAAUCGAAGACUUGAAUCAUUUUAGCAAAAGAAUGAAACGAGCAUUAGAAACAGUAAAACGUCAACAUGGAAGAAAAAAAUUAUCUGAUGGUAAAACAAUUGGUGGUAAAAAUCGUCUAUCUGUUCACAACAUACUUCGAUUACAAAUGACAUUUGCCUCCACCAUUCGAAAAUCCAAGCAUGAUCUGGAUUUAUUAUUCAAAGGAUCUUGGGCAAUAUUUUGGCACAAGUAUUCGACGAAUGAUGAUCCUCAUCAUGAUUAUUGCAGUAUCGAUUGGUGUGGCUAUUUGAAAUCUGUUCGUGAUAAAACUCCAUAUGAUCAUACGUCACAUGCUUUAUCUCGUCCUGUACUUGAUGCAAUUAAGCCUGUUUUUAACAAUCUUUGUUCACGGGAAAGUCUCACACGUGUGGUGGAUGCUUCAACUCAAAAUCCAAACGAAGGUUUCCAUUCGCUUGUGUGGCUUAUGUCACCAAAACACAAGGCUUCAUCUGGUACAACUUUCGAAAUUGCAUGUUGUCUUGCAGUAAUAAUAUUUAACGAUGGAUAUUUUGCAUUAGGAGAUAUUUUCAAUGUCAUGUGUGGUUAUCGUGGUUAUUAUACUGAUCAAGCAAUGGUUCAUUUUGACAACAAUCGACUGCAUACAGAAUCAAAAGAAAACAACAGAAAAAGAAGAAAAGAAGCUGGUCGUGUUUUGAUGCAAAAUGAUGAUGAAGAAGAGGACAAUGAUUCAAUAAUUGACGGUGCUGAUCAAAUAGAUGAUGAUAAUAAUGAUACUAAUCCUGUAACCGGAGCAACAACUGUGGAUAAUGAUACUACAACUGAUAGUGACGACCAUGUUACUGAUGAUAAUGAUUCAAUAUCAAGCAGUGAUGAGUCACUAGAUGAUGAUUAUGGUUAUUAUAAUCCCAAAGAUAAAAGAACAUGGACAGAUGAACAAUAA